CACGAAUGCACGCGCUCAACGCGCAUGCAGCCAUACACGCGCAACGUAAAUGACGUGUUUUGUGAACGCAAAGUUUCGGGAGUAUCUCCCAUUGAACGUGUUUCGAUCGAGUGCUUUCUCGUAUUUAUCUUGUCCAUCAAGAAUUCAAGAGUGAUCAUUUUGAAACGAAUCAAAAGCGUGACGACUGAUCGUUCAGGCGUAAUAUUUUCUCUCCUAUCCAUUGAUUGUUUAUAAGUUUAUGCGACGCAAUGGCACACUGGUUUCAUCGCAAUGUCCUAAAGGCGACAACGAGUCAAAAAUUUGAGCUAAAAGUCACGAAUCCCACAAAUGCUAUCAGGAAACUUUGCAGUGAUUUAAAGCUCUCAAGAAGUAGACUUCUGGAUCUAAUCAGAAAUGCAAACAAUACAAACGACACAGUGGAAUCUGCGUUUCUCAGUUAUUUAAGUCUGUUGUAUGGAUUUUUGUGGGAAGUCAAGACGUCCGAGGAACAAGUUCAGCAUGUUGGCAGACCUAAUCCCAGCAAACUCAGAAAUGUUCUCGUAUUCAAAUGGACCCAUACGUUACUUGGUGGAAGCACAUUUUCCAGCAUUGAUUCCGUUUAUGAAGCAGCUAACAUGAGUGUCAAUAUAGGCCUUUGGUUUAUGAAGCAUGCAGCAAUGAUUGCAGCAAAAGAUGACAUAACAAUGAAUGAAGCCAAGGAAGUACAUCAUAUGUUAAGACGAGCUGCCGGGAUAUUUACUUUUGUGCAAACUGAAUUUCUACCACAAUUGGCUAGUCCACCUCCCUUGGCAAGCGACUUGGAUCCCCGUGUGUUAAACGCAUAUGUUAAUCAAUGUACAGCGGAAGCACAAGAAGUAACAGUAGCCAGAGCGGUCGAACUCAAACACAAUUCUAGCUUGAUAUCUGCUUUAGCUAACGAAACCAGUAAACUAUUUCUGGAUGCUGCUAAUACACUUCGUCCAUUUAAACCAGAAAUAUCUGCCCAGUGGAUUAAAUAUUUAGAACUAAAGGCAGCAUUUUAUCAGUCUUACGCUUACAACUAUUGUGGUGAAAAACUAUUAGCAGCAGAUAAGUGUGGCGAAGCAAUACGAGCAAUGCAAGAAAGCGAAUCAUGUCUACAGAGGGCGAAAGCCCUGUGUCAAGAAUAUGGGAGAACACAUGGACCCGCUUCUCGCGUUAAGCCUGAUCAUCAUACUGUAUUUAAGCGUUUAGCGCCAGCAGUAAAGCUCACGCUUGACAAAUGCAAUCGAGAGAACAGUCUGAUAUAUCAUCAUACGGUACCAGAAGAAGUGCCACUUUUAGAUACCAAAGCCACUUAUGGUCUGGUUAGUCCAAUCGACUUUCAAAUGCCAUCACCAAACUCCAUUUGGAAUUUCGAUAUGUAUAGAGUACUAACCAGUGUAAUGACUGCAAAAAUAGAAAAGGAACAAACUUUGCCACCAAUUAAAGAAGAAGUAAUUCACCACAGCAGCAAAGAACCAAAGAAUGCAAGCGGUUGCAUGUUACAGUAAGAUUCCUUCUACGUUGAUUAUACUGUUUGCAAAUAGUUCUCUUUCUUCAUCACAGUGAUAUUAAUUUUAAUUAUGAUAGACAUGGGUGUACUGUAUUUUAAUUAAAUAAUGAGAAAGGGGGGUAGGAGAGAGAGAGAAUUUUUGUUUAUUUGUUAUAUUUUACAUAUUGUUAAAGAUAUGAAAUUGUUGUAUAUAUUACAGUUCAACCAAAAAAAAAAACCGGAAGGAGAGUCGUUUCUUAUAGUUUUUUUGGAACGCUGAACGCGAAUCUGGUUUCCAAAUUGCUCCAUCACGUCACAAUUUUGCUGGACGUGCUGGAGAAGUUUAAUUGCAAUCAAAAUAAAGUAUCUCGUUCCGGUGUUCGAAAAAAAGUCAUUUUUUGUUGAACAGUGUUAUUAUACAAGGGCGUUUAUAUGUAUAUAAGUUGGAAACACUAUAAGGUGCAAUAAAUAGUGGCAAGGCAAUAGUGACAAUGCGCAGUUAGCGUUCUCAGAAUGUUCUUAUAAGUCACCGUACUAUGUCACUAUUACUUGUUUACGCUCGUUGUUGGAUACAAUCACGGUUUUGUCUAUAGAAUACUUCGCUUAGUACGUGGACGUUCGAGAUGCAUUCUAAUUUGCCAAGUUUAAUCAAUUAAUAAUUCUUUAAUUAUUGCGAAGUUUGUGCAAAGCAAUGUAGAAUUUUUGUUCAACUUGAACUCUUUUUUUUUUUUUAUUUUAACGCGAAAUAAUACACGUAUGUAAUCUAUAGAUUAUAUUUAAUAUAUAUUACGAUUAUAUAUGUAUAAUAUAUAUAUAUUCAUAUAAUAUAUAUGAGCAACUCAUAUACGUACAAUACAACUUACUUUCAUUAAUGCAAUGUAGAAUAAUAUGUUAAAUGUUAUAUGUAUGUGUGCAAAAGUUUUAAUCAUUUUUUGCACAUUUUCGCUUUAGGUGCAUAAUAUAAUUCACUCAUCUAAAGA